AUGGAAAAAGAUUUGGAGGCCGUGAAGAGAUACUACAUGGAGAAUGAAAACGUGGGUCAUCCUCUGACAGACACCGGGGACACUGCACUUCAUGUUGCAGUGUACACCGGCAACAAGGAAUUGUUUAGUUUUUUACUUGAUCUUGCACCAUUUUUGUCUGAUAUUAGGAAUGAACUUGGAAACACAGCACUUCAUGAAGCGGCAGCAGCUGGAAAUGUCAAAAUGGCAGAACACUUAUUAUGUUUUGGCGAAAGCCAACUUGACGUAAAAAACAAUAGUGGUGAAACUCCUUUGUUUAUAGCCGCUGCAUUUGGUAAAACAGAAAUGGUUAAGUUUUUGAUUGUGGAUGCUGGGAAAAGCAACCCGAUUAAGGAAAAUCACUGCACACGAAAUGACUCCAAAUAA